UUGAAAAGCCACAGCGCUAUUCAUACGAUGCAUGAUGUUGAGGUUAUAAGCGGUCUAACUGAACAAAACUAUCCGCUAGAUUUUUUGUUGAAUUUUUUCAAAAAAGGACAGAUGUCACCAUGCUUAUAAGAAUGAUGAAAAUGAGAUGAGUGAAGAAUGGACCACACACCUCUACAAAAGAUAGUUUACACUAGUGUAUAACAGAAAUAAAGACAGGGAUGGCAGAUGACCCCAUGCUAAGUUUGUUUGACACAGAUGGAGGGAGUUUUCUGGAUGAUUUGACUGGGCCAGGAUUGGGGCAGAGUAUGGAUAGCAAUUUCAUGGGCCAGGGAAUGUCAGGUGACCAGAUAAUACAACAGUCCCAAGGUUUUGGGGUUCAGAUAUCAGAAAUGCAGGGAAAUCAGUUUAAUCCCUACCAGCAAACAAGUUCUGCACCUGAGCCGUUCUCAAGUGACAGCUUUAAUCAGUACAAUGCCAGUCAGAAGUUACAACAAAUGAACAUGAACACACCUCACAGUGGCAUAACACCCAAUCAACCAAUGAUGUCCCCAUACAGGCAACAACAACAGUUCAGACCCUCACAACCCAACAUGGCUCAACCAAGUCAAAACAUGGGUGGGUAUGGAAACUAUGGGGCUCAGCAAGUCGGACCCCGCUUGCCGAAUCCUCCUCAGCAGCACAUGCAAGUUCAGCAGAGAAUGCCUCAGUGGAACCCUGGCCAGUCUAGUCCUAGUCGUCCUCAUUACAUGGCCCAGUCUCAGAAUAUGAUUCAGUCCCAGAUUAUGCCCACCUCACAAGCCAUGCAGGGCAAGUUUCUUUCACACCCUGACUUUCCACAGAUGCCCUCCUCCAACGCCUCAGAUUUCUUUCAGAGCAGUCCUGCAACUUCAACUUCUUUCCAGCGCUUUCAAGGUAACACAUCAUCUAAUCCACAAAUGUACAUGCAGAAUAGAAGUCAAAUGCCCUCUGUGCCAAUAUCUAGCCCUAACGCCGCCAUGGGACACAGGCAGAGCAGCAUACAGUCCUUGACUCCUCAGCAGUCACAGAUACCCAUGCAAAAUCAACCAACAUUCCAAAUACAGAGCACAAUGGGAAUGCCAGGAUUUAAUAACCCUUCUCAACAGGUACCUCAGCAACAUGCUUUACAAUAUCAGGGCAACUUUCAGCAACAACAACAACAACAACCAAUGAAUAAUGUUCAAUCGAAUAAUUUUCAGCGAUUUCCGUUUGGCCAGAUGCCCAGCAAUACACCCACUAAACAGGGAGAUGCUUCAGCACAGUUCAAUACAAGUCCCAACCAGAACUUUCACCCUUCUUACCCUAGGAUGCCCUCUCAAAGGGCAACAACCCCCUCACCAAGGCCACCAUCGACUCCUGAGCAUGCUUCCACCCCUCAAAUCAAUCCUAGAGCCCCUGCUUCUGUUCCACAGAUGGAACAACUGGUCUCACCACCUGGACCACGUUCAAAUGUGUCCACACCUGUAUCUAGUCCAUUCCAUCAACCACAAGUGAGUAGUAGUGGGCCAAACUUCCAACACUCGAAUGCUAUUCAAAUCAGUACAUCUCUACCAAACUCGAAUGGCAUAGGCCCAAUCAGUCCAAAUGUGAAAAAUGCUGGGAAUGUUAGAGUGACUAUGACAAAUACCGAACGUGAAAUACAGUACCUGCAGCAGCAGUUGAAUCAGUUGCAAGCAGCAGGGCAGACACAGCAAACUCAACAGAAGAUGCUGGAAGUGCAAGAGAAGAUUCGUUCCCUUCGUGCUACUCAAGAAAUUCAAAGACAAAAGGCCCAAGCAGAUCAACAAGGUGGGUAUACUGGACCAACAAAUGGGACAAUGCAAACACAGCAACAACAACCAUCUCAGAAUCAAACCAAUGUUGUUACAGUGGUAAAAGAAAACCCUCAGGUUUCAGCUCAACAGCAGCAAACAAUGCAACAAGUCCAAACUUCAGUACAACCACAACUCCUAAUGCAGUCUCAAGCAGUACAACAAUCUCAGCCGAUAAUGCAACAACAGCAACCAGCACAAGUUCCACAGCCUUCCAUGCAACAACCACAGCCACCUGUACAACAACAACAAACUGCUAGUCAGCAACCUUCCUCAAACCCACAGCAAGUGUUUCAGAUUGGUCAGCCUAUGUUUGUGAAUCAGACACGGCCCCCUCAGAAUGUCCUGAUAGUGACAUCUGGUACACAGAGGAUGAUGCAACCACAAAUACAACAAAUGCCAAUGCAUUCUCCCCAAAAAGUUCAGGUUAUUCUUCAGCCACAAGGAAGCCAAGCUGCCCCUCAGAUGAUCAGUCAACAAGUGCCUCAGUCAGUAAACAAUCUACCUCAUGCUAUGCCUGCUCAGGGCAUGACUCCUAUGCCACCUGUAGGGUCGCAACAAGGAAACAUUCCGUCAAGCGUUGUUCAACUUCAGAUGGGCGGAGUCUCUCAACCUGCCCCUCAGCUUAUCCAGGCACCACCAGGCACAACAUUUCCGCCUCUUCAAGACUUUGGCAGCGAGAGCAACCCCGCAAGUGCAGAAAAACCAAAGAAAAAUAAGAAGGCCAAGAAACAGCAAGAGAAAGCGGACAAGAUUGUGGCAGAAGCUGUAGCGCGGGCCCAGGCGGAGGGCAGGGAGGUGCCAAAGAUUAUGACUGGGGACAUCCCGGCUACUGUGAAUGAUGUACAAAAUGCAGAGGAGGAGGACUCCAAGAAAAAGAAAAAACGUGUCAGGAAACCAAAGACACCCAAAAAGGAGAAGAAGGAAGGUGAUGUGAGUAGUGGGGAAGGAACACAGGAGCUGGAGAGUCAAGGAGAAUCUACCAUGGAUGGAGAGAAAGUAGAAAAGAAGAAAGCCAAGCCUAAAGUAAAAGCACCUGUAAAGAAGAAGAAAAAACCUCCAGCUACAUUUUUGAAAAAGAAAAAGCGAAAACGUCACGAUUCAUCCGAGUCAGAUCCUGAACUUAAACAUGCAGUGGGUGAGACCGAGGAAAUGGAUGACGACUCAAUCCAGAAAAGGCGCUCUGCUCGUAAUACAAAGAGGAAGAAGUACCUGGAUGAUGUGGAUUUGAACCUGUCGGAUGAUGACACCCAAGAUGUGGAACCAGAAGCCUUUGCUGAACAGCCGGCAGCUGUCAGAGUGGACACCAUUGAGGAGGACAACAGCUCUAUUGUGGAUAAAAUUCUGGGAAGCAGAAUGAGAAAAGCGGACAAAGAUAUCAGUGUAGAUGGGGAAACAGAAGAGCAAUCAACAUCAAAUGAAGAAGUUGAGGAAUUCUUUGUUAAAUACAAGAACUUUUCCUAUUUGCACUGUGAGUGGAAAACAGCAGAAGAAUUAGAAAGGGGAGAUAAACGCAUUCAUCAGAAAUUAAAACGAUACUACAUGAAGAAAACCCAAAGUCAGAAUAUGUUCUCAGAGUUGGAUGAGGACGAACUCUUUAAUCCUGAUUACACUGAGGUACAUCGAGUCUUAGAUGUGUCCAAGCUCAGUGACCCGAAUGGUGGUGAUGACAUUACACACUUCCUGGUCAAGUGGAAGGGGUUGCCCUAUGAGGAAGCCACAUGGGAGCUACAGCAGGAUGUGGAUCCUGUAAAGGUGGAGCAUUUUUACAAGUUCCGGGAGCCACCAGAGGAUGCAGAGGUUAAAGCUCAAGGUACACCUGAUGACUGGGUAAAACUAGAGGAGACCAGAGAGUACAAGAAUGGCAACUCCCUUCGAGACUACCAGCUGGAGGGGGUCAAUUGGCUGAUGUUUAGCUGGCACAACCACCAGAACUGUAUUCUGGCUGAUGAGAUGGGUCUGGGCAAAACCAUUCAGAGUAUCACCUUCCUGAAUGAAGUCAUGCUGUAUGGAAUCAAGGGGCCUUUCCUUGUGGUGGUUCCCCUGUCCACAUUAGGCAACUGGGAGAGAGAGUUCGAAACCUGGACAAGCAUUAAUGCCAUUGUUUAUCAUGGAAGUUCCACCAGUCGAAACAUGCUGCAGUCCUAUGAAAUGUUUUACAAAGAUGAGAAAGGACAACGAAUUCCAAACCAAUAUAAAUUUCAUGCUCUGAUUACGACUUAUGAAGUCAUCAUCUCAGAUUGUGAGUUGCUGAGUGACAUUGAGUGGAGAGUUCUAAUCAUAGAUGAAGCUCAUCGUCUUAAGAACGCCAAGUGCAAGUUGAUGGAAGGCCUAAGGAUGUUUGAUUGUGAGCACCAGGUCCUACUGUCGGGAACACCCCUGCAGAAUAACACAGAGGAACUUCACAGUCUACUCAGCUUCCUGGAACCAGAGAGAUUCAAGUCAACUCAGGCAUUCUUGGCAGAAUUUGGGGAACUCAAAACAGAUUCCCAAGUGGAGAAGCUGAAAGCUAUCCUGAAACCAAUGAUGUUGAGAAGGUUGAAAGAAGAUGUAGAGAAGAAUCUUGCUUCCAAAGAAGAGACCAUUGUUGAGGUGGAGUUGACAAACAUUCAGAAGAAAUACUACAGGGCUAUUUUGGAGCGUAACUUUACUUUCUUGUCCAAAGGCACUGGUUCUUCAGCCAAUGUACCGAAUCUGCUGAAUACAAUGAUGGAGCUGCGAAAAUGUUGCAACCAUCCAUAUCUUAUCAAAGGUGCUGAGGAUAAAAUCUUGAAUGAGAAUAAGGAAAGCAAAGGAAAUGAUAUGGAAGCUGUGUUCAAAACUAUGGUGCACUCGUCAGGUAAAAUGGUGCUGUUGGACAAACUCCUCCCCAAACUGAAGCAGGGGGGACACAAAGUCCUGAUCUUCUCCCAGAUGAUCCGAGUGCUGGAUAUCCUGGAGGAUUAUCUUAUUAACAAACAAUAUUUGUUUGAGCGACUGGACGGCCGGAUCUGUGGUAAGCUGCGACAGGAGGCCAUUGAUCGAUUCUCUAAGCCCGAGUCGGACCGAUUUGUCUUCCUGCUGUGUACACGCGCCGGGGGUCUGGGUAUCAACCUAACCGCUGCCGACACAGUCAUCAUCUAUGACUCGGACUGGAACCCCCAGAAUGAUCUUCAGGCUCAAGCCCGUUGUCACAGAAUUGGUCAAACAAAGGAAGUCAAAGUAUAUCGCCUUAUCACCAGAAACUCCUAUGAGAGAGAGAUGUUUGACAAGGCUUCACUCAAGCUUGGUCUGGACAAGGCUGUGCUCCAGUCCAUGGGCUCAGACAAGAAUGCACCUCAAGCCCAGAUGACCAAGAAGGAGAUAGAGGAGUUGUUACGUAAGGGGGCGUACGGUGCUCUGAUGGACGAUGACAAAGCCGGGGACGAAUUCUGUGAAGAAGACAUUGAUCAGAUUCUACAGCAGCGCACAAAAGUUAUCCAGAUUGAAUCAGAAGGAAAGGGCUCAACCUUUGCCAAGGCAAGUUUCUCAAUGUCUGGCAACAGAACAGAUAUUGAUAUCAAUGAUCCAGACUUCUGGAAGAAGUGGGCCAAGAAGGCAGAUGUUGAUGUCGAGGGAUUAAAACACAAGAAUGAACUGAUUAUACAAGAACCAAGACAGAGGAAGCAGACUGCUCGCUAUGGAAAUGAUGACAGCGUGAUGGAGAUGUCAGAGCUGGACUCGUCCAGUAAUAGCGAUGAUGAGGAUGAAGAAUCCAGGAAGACCCGGAGCGGGUUGAAGAAGCGUGGGCGCCCAGGCAGGAAGAGGCGUGGUUCGGACGAUGACUACGACGCCGAUGAUGCUGAGGGCUAUGGAAGAUCCGACUGCUUCAAAGUGGAGAAGAACCUCCUGGUUUAUGGAUGGGGUAGAUGGAAGGAUAUCCUAUCCCAUGGGAAAUUCAAGAAGAUGCUCGAGGAGAAGGAUGUCGAAAAUAUUUCUAGGGCUUUGUUAAUUUAUUCCCUUCAACAGUACAAGGGAGAUGAAAAAAUUAAAGAGUUCAUUUGGGAUUUGAUCUCCCCCUCAAGUGAUGGAUCUCUAAAAAACCACUCAGGGUUGUCUGCUCCUGUACCAAGAGGUAGGAAAGGCAAAAAUAAGAAGAAAGAGGGAAAGCCAGAGACCAGCAGUGAACUGGUCAAGUACAACAAGAUGAAGAACUGUGAUCCAGAAGUAGUGCUACGGGACCCUGGCUACCGCAAACAUCUCCACAGACAUGCUAACAAAGUGCUAUUGAGGGUAAGACUGUUGUACUACCUGAAAGAAGAAAUCAUAGGGGCUCAAGCAGUGGAGAAGGUCUCUCAGGGAUUAAAUGCAAGUGAGAUAGAAAUUCCUCAGGCUGAUCCGGACGGAGACCCGCCCACCACCUGGUGGGACGAGGAGGCAGACAAGUCCCUGCUGAUCGGGGUCUAUAAACACGGUUAUGAGAAGUACAACAUGAUGAGACAGGACCCUGCACUGGUCUUCUUGGGCAAGUGUGGACCACCAGAUGGCGCUGCUCUAGCGGCCGAACAGAAUGAUGACGAUGAUGAGGACCUGGAUGAAUCCAAGAUGAAGCAAGACGAUGAUGAGGAUGUGUCAAUGAGCUCGAUACCUGAGUCCAGCAAAAAGACUACCCCAGCCUCUGUCCUGCCCGUUGAGAAACCUGAGGGUGGAGAGGGGUCAGAGGAAGGGGAUAAACUGCCAUUCCCAUCAUCCUCCGACCUGAACACUCGCCUCCGCAGAAUCAUCACCAGCUUCCAGCGAAACCACAAGAGAAUGCUUAUCAAGAAUGCCCAGAGGGUUAAAAGAAUGGAACGCCAGGAGCGAUUUGAAGCGGUGCUGAAGGAGCGUGAGACCCAGAGAAUGCAGUAUCAACAAUGGUCGGUACCGGACCCCUAUGGUCUAUCCCUCCAACAUUUGUCUGACAGUUCAAGCCGUUGGUCAAGAAGAGAGGAGCAAGACUUCUAUCGGGUCAUCUCCAGCUUUGGGGUGGAGUUUGACCUGGUUACUGGACGCUACAAGUGGGACCGGUUCCGACAGCUGGCUCACCUGGAGAAGAAGUUUGACGACACCCUGACAGAGUACUUCCAGGCCUUCUAUCACAUGUGUAUGCGAGUCUGCAAAAAGUUUAAAAAUGAUGAUGAUGCUCUGCCACCAAAUAACAUAUAUGUUGACCCCAUCACUGAGGAGAGGGCCAGUCGAUGCCUCGCUAGGAUCGACAUGUUGAACAAGAUCCGCACAGAAACCUUGAAUCACCCCAAGUUGGAUGAGAGAGUGAAGCUCUGUCAGCCGUCCUAUGAUUUACCAUCGUGGUGGAUCUGUGGUCAACAUGAUAGGGACCUUCUCAUUGGUGCAGCUAGGCAUGGUGUUGUGCGGACAGACUACCACAUCCUGUUUGAUCCCAACCUGUCCUUUAUUGAUGUGCUAAAAACUAAGCAAGCUACUAGUCAUUCCAGCUCCCCCUUGCCAACCAAAGACAAAGAAAUAAAAACAGAAGACAGUGAAGAAAAAGUGGUGAAAAAAGAGAAAGAAAGUAAAGAAAAGGUGAAAGAAGAAAUCAAAGAGGAAGUAGUUACAGAAACAGUGUCAGUGAAAUCAGAAGAUGAUGAUGAAAAAUCAGAAAAGUCACAGAAAAAUACAGAAGCUGUAAAGGAGGAAUCCAAAGACUCAAAAAUGGAGGUAGAAGAGCCUUCAGAAAAGUCAAAUGAAGAGAAAGAGAAGAUAAAUGGUGAAUCUGAAAUGGAGGUGUCUGAAGACAAAUCUGAACAAGCAGAAGCCAAGUCAGGUGAAACUUCCCUCAAUAAAUCUUUGGAAGAGUCACCAGAUAAAACUAAUGGAAAGAAAUCACCUGUAAAAGAAGAGGUAGAAGAAAAGGCAGUGAAAAUGGAAGUUGAAGAUUUGUCAGUCAAGAAGGAAAAUGAAGAUUCCCUCAUUAAAAAAGAAAGUGAAGACUCAUUAGAAAAGAAGGAAGAUGAAAAGGUGCAGGUUAAGAAAGAAGAGGAAGAAUCCAUUGUGAAAAAGGAAUUAUCUGAGUUAGUCAAGGAAGAGACAGAGCCACAGGACCUGACCUCCAUAAAGGAGAAGGACAAAGGAGCAAACAGUGAUCCAGGGGUGAAGGAGGAAGUAAAGGGCAAGGGUGCUGACGACACGGAGCAGAAGGUGAGGGACAUCGUGAAGGACAUUAAACGCCAAACCACGGAAGAAAUGGCCAAGUCAGAGAGGAAGAAAGACAUCAGAUGUACCUAUGAUGAGGAGGAGCUUCAGAAGUUUUUGGCCAGAAGAGAGGAGAUGGAGGCGGAGGGAAUGACAGCCGAUUACUUCCCAGAGAGUCAACUCAGUUCUGUCGUCAACUGGCCAAAGGACCGAGUGUUGUUCCAUCGGCUGGAGCACAUCUGUUACUGUGUGGAGCACAAUGAAUGGCCAUUCCCCAAGCGUAUGUCAUACAUCCCCAUGAACUACGACUCCCGCAGCGGAACACCUGUUGGGUCCUCGACCCCAAAGGACGACCCCGAGCUCAGCCAAUCUGAUGCUGGAGACUCAGUCUACGAUGGUGUCAAGGUGAAGUCAGAUUUAAAUAAGGACUUUGAAGCUAUGAUGCCUGAGGGUGAUGGUUUGAAGAUGACCUUCCACAAGAGAAGAGGACAGGGUCGUAAAUAUGAUUUUGAAGGCAGCCGCAUGCAGCAGCUGAUGAACCGCAGCGCAGCCUCUAGUGACAAUGAGAGUCUGACAGAAACGCCCCGAUCUCAGGUACCUGCUCACCUGUCUCCUCGGCACUCCCCUCAUCACUACCUAUUCUCACAGACCCCAGCAGAUCUUUUGAAUGGUGCUGGUCCUGAAUUGGACCCUGAACUGCUAAGAAGAAGCAUGAUGGAGCAUGCUCUGUAUUUUGGAGACCGGAGAGGCAGAAGAGGUCGUAAGAGGAAGGCCGAAAAGAUGGCAGAGAUUGCAAUGGCUGAAGCUCUGUCCAAGAGAAACACAGCCAGAGCUGUUGCCACUGUUGAACCAGAAUCUCGUGUUCCUGUGAUUAACUUGGAGGAUGGUAGUCGGCUGUCGGGAGAUGAGGCUCCACUGAAGCGUGACCUGGAUAAAUGGUUGGAUGAACAUCCAGGUUACAUGGUGGACAGACCUCCAGAAAUGUACCCUCUAGAGGAUGAGGAGCUAUCAGAGUCUGGUGAUAGAAGGAGAGGAAGAAGACCAAAAGUGGACCCAGCCAUGUUAGAUCCCAUGAAGCUGACAGGAGAAGAAAAUGUUUCAGUUGUCAAUAGGGUCACUGGCAAAAGGAUAACUGGUGCUAAAGCUCCUCCUAUUAGAUACUUGAGUGAGUGGUUAGAACAGAAUCCUCAGUAUGAUAUAGAUCCAAAAUGGACAGAUAUUGUCAAAUCCAAGGCCAAUUUACCAAAGAGUUUGUCAUCGCGUGUGAGUACCCCAUCCUCGGAACGCCGGCGUGGAAGACCAAGGGAACGGGACCUGUCCUCUUCCUUGCUCUCAGACAAUCCAUACAGUGCUGCUUCUCUGGCAGCCAGUAUGUCUGCAUUCCCAGGCUUAGGCCUAAUGUCAGGCUUUGGCAAAAUGCCAAUGGGAAUGCCCUUUGGAACAUUGCCCAGUUUAGGGCUGGCUAAUCCUAUGCUGGCAGGUUUUGCUGGCUUGAUGCCAGGACUUUCACCUUCCUUGGCAAAGGCCAUGGAAAGUGAAGCUAGAAAGGACAAAUCCCCAGGCAGCAGCAAAGAGUCGAGCAAAUCAAAGUCCCCAAGUAGCUCACAGACUCCUCACCCUUCGUUUCCUAUGUUGUACAAUCCACUUCUCUUUAAUCCCCUUUUAGCAGCACAAGCUGCUGGGGGCUUGAACUUCUCCCUGCCUACUUCACUGCCUUCAUCUUUUGCCUCCCUGGCUCAACCUGGUCUUGUAAAUGGACAAGGUGAUUCUGAUCUAGAGGAGGGAGAAAUCAAACGAUAUAGCCAGGGUGAGCAUAACGAACAGGAGAUUGCACAGGACCUGUCUGUCAGGCGCAAAGAGGCUCAUUCCCACCACAGAAAGCGAAAAAGUUAUGAAGCUUCACACUCUGCAGUAACCAAGAGUUCAAGGGAUGAGGACCAAUCUGCAUGUUUAGACCUUUCUAUUAAAUCAAAACCAAGAGAGUCGCCAAAAGCUAGUGAGGUGUCAAGUAGAUCACAUUCUGCUUCUGAAUCACCAAAAGACAGUUCGAAAACCAAAAAUAAAAUACAGGGUUCAUUCAAAUUGGAUAAAAUUUUGGACACGCUGAAGGACAAAGUGAACAAAAUGGAAGAUAAACCUGUUAAAAAAGAGAGAGACAAAGACAAAGAGUCCAAGCUGAAUAGCAUUCUUAUGAAAAUCGCCAAAGAAAAGGAUGUGGAUGUGAAUACAUUAAACACCAUGGACACUGCAGAAGCAUCCCAUUUGAAGUGUUCAGAAGCUUCUGAUCUUUCUUCAGAGAGGAAAGAAAGCGAGUCGUCGAAGGAAGAGGUAGAUACGGCAGAGAAAGACGAGGACCAGUCCUGAUGAUGUAUACUGGGAGUUAACAUUGGCGUGCUGUGACUUGGUGUAAUGAGCUUUGAGCCACUCCAAGAGUCGCUGGAUCUUGUGUGGAAAAGCCAAAUCAUCUUGUAUUGUGGAAUACUGUGUGUUCCUCCCCAAGAUUAUGUGACAUGUAUGUUAUUAUACAGGAAUUAAUUUAUUCAUUGUAAGUGAGACUUCAGUCUUCAUGAUAUGCACAAUACACGUGUUCGAACAGAUUCCAGAUCAUGUUUGUCUGCCAAAUCAAUGACCUGUCAUGUUGAUUUCAUGAUUUCACAAAAAGAUCUCCCCUCCCCCUACGGUCUGACCCCUCGUACAGCAGGUGUGCUUUGUUGGAACUCUGAAGGGUCAGGGCCAAGUCACUGCAGGCACCUCAUCAUUUUCGUUCUCAGGGCAAUAAUGUUAAAACAAGUAUUACGUGUGUAGAAACAGUUUUCUUUAAUUAUUAUUUUUUCUCUGGUUUAUAUUAUUUUUUGCUGCAUUGUAACAAUCAAUUCAUGUCACACAUUUUGUAUAUAAUUUAUUCAUUGUAGGAAGUUCAAAUAUACCAACCAAAACCAUUAAAUGCAUGACCCCCCCCUUUUUUUGUAAAAAUGAACUUUUAAGAUUGUGAUAAGGCCACAAACGAGCAGAACAAUUUUUUUUUCAAGAUGGGCACGGUUGUGAUAGUUAUGUAACUUCAAAGUGGUAGAUUUGAAUUUCUUUUUUCAUGUAAUGCAUAUGAUAUUAGUUACUUAGGCUAUCAUCGCUGUUGUGUAUAUGCAAUUUAAUUUAAGAAUCAUUCUCUCAUAAGAGAAUUAAUGAAGUCAGGUCAGGAAUUUAUUUUUGAUUCUUUUUUUUGCAUUGAGAUCAAAUAAAGUACCUGCAAUAAUGUUAUGAGCAGUGUUUUGACUGCUUUCUUGAGGCACCAGUUGUACCGUCUUUCCAAUGCUUUGGCUCUGUGUUAAUGACCUUUGAUGAUUGUGACGAAGAUACUGCUCUACUUCUAUGUCUUAUUAUGUGUACCUCAGGUCCUUAGUUAGUGACUUGAGAUUUAUUUCAACAUUUUGUGUCUUCAUUUCACAAACAUUGCGGUUUAUGAUAUGGACAAGGAAAUGUACAUUCCUCAAAAAGGGUUUUUUUUUUUUUACUAAAGUUUCCAUUUCAUGUCCAUAUCUGUCUAAAAAAAAAGAUUAAGAUGGCCUCCAUAGUAGGUGUAGUUUUUUCCCCUUGUGAAAUGACAUAUUUGUGUAGUUUAAACUUUUUAUUCAUGAAAAUUCAGGGAUUAAUGUUUCCUUUGUCCAUGACAGUGAUAGAGGGGUCAUUUAUUCCCUUUCAUAUCAAAAGCUUUUACUGCAAGGCAGGCAACAAUUAGGUGCAAGGUGUUGACACCAUUAUUUCCCUUUACACUUGGAUAAUGUAGGGGCAUUUCUUUACAGUGAAGAAAUUGCAGGUGAUUUCUUGCCCGGAAUAAAUUUGUUGGGUGGAUGUUUAGUGAAAUAACGAAUUGUAUGUAUUUAUUUGUUGAGGAAAUUUUGUAUGUAAACUAUUUUUAUUAAAACAUGAAUUCAACAUU